CGUCGCCCUCUACUGACGUGCGCGAGCCCGCAGCUAGUUCCCCCAGCGGCACGGCCGUAAAGAGGCACGGCGGUGUCGUGAAAGGGGCAGCAACACUCAGGGCGCUGGUUGACGGCUGAGCCUCCAUUUUGUCCUCCGCUUCUCUGCUCCCGCCUCGCGUCCUGUGGUUCGGGAAGAGCGGGGAAGAUGCGGCCCUUGGACAUCGUGGAGCUGGCGGAGCCGGAGGAGGUGGAGGUGCUGGAGCCUGAGGAGGACUUCGAACAGUUCCUGCUGCCGGUCAUCAACGAGAUGCGCGAGGACAUCGCGGCGCUGUCCCGCGAGCACGGGCGGGCCUACCUGCGGAACCGGAGCAAGCUGUGGGAGAUGGACAAUAUGCUCAUCCAGAUAAAGACGCAGGUGGAGGCCUCGGAGGAGAGCGCGCUCAACCAUCUGCAGAAUCCGGACGACGGAGUCGAGGGCCGGGGGACCAAAAGGUGCGAGAAGGCGGAGGAGAAGGCCAAGGAGAUCGCGAAGAUGGCAGAGAUGCUGGUGGAGCUGGUGCGGCGGAUAGAGAAGAGCGAGUCGUCCUGAAGGAGGGUCGGCGGUUUACAGCCAAUGGAUUCUGGUCAACUGAUGGAGAUUGGCUGACACCCUGGAGAAGCUGAAACCAGAGAGCCUUUUGUUUUCUCUUUCUUUCUCCCCCCUCCCCCCCCCCCCACCCCGCCUUCUGUCUACACUCUGUUCUCACUUACACUACGUUUCUGCUAUGGUCUGUGGUUAAUGACCUCAAUUUCAGUUUUGACUGUUAAAUGUUUUUGUUUGGGGAGGUAACUUUUAUUUGGAAAAUGCACUCACAAGAGUUAGGGCCUAGAUUGUAAGCUCUUGCAGCAGCCACAUUUGUUCCUGGGCUUUCGUUGUUCCUAAGUUUUGAGGUGCUUUGAUCUUUCUUGUGUGACCUGAUAGCUCCCUGGAACUUUGGGUCUGUGUGUGACAAAUGAGACUCAGAGUUGGGGUUCUCCAGCUCUGAAGGUCCUGAAGGAACUACAUUAUUUCUGGAAGAUGACUCCAUGCAGUGAUCGCUAAAGAAGCUGAAGAAGGGACCAGACUUCAACUGGGACUAUGACUGGAGCUGAUCUGGCUGGGACUGAUGAACCAGAAGAAGGGCUGGAGGAUGAUAUUAUUGUUUGGGGACUUUGAUUUAUGUGUGAGACCAAAGGAGGAGAAAUGUAUUUUGUUCAAAGUUUUAAAUUUUAUGCGGCACACUGUCCAAUGUAACCUGUCUGGUCAGCUCGUUUGAAAAAGGUAACUCAGCUUUAUAUGACACGGAACCUAGAAUAGGACACAAGCUAGGUCUCCAUAUUCUAUGUAAUGGUUGUGAUACCCUGAUACAUUUCAGGGGGUUCUGGACAUGAAAUGAAAGUGAUAUUUGCAAAGGCUCUUAAAGGUCUGGAGAAGAAAAGCAAGGGCUGUUUUGGACCCUAAACUGGACAGGGACUAGGUAUCUUCAAGAUUCGUAAAUUGUCUAGCUGUAAGUUCAUUUCAAUAGCAGACCUGACAAGCAUUUGAGGUCAAAAACCCUACCGUGUGUUUAAAAAAAAAAAUUUACCAUGUUAAUAAAAGUAUUCAUUUGCUUGGAAAGACAAAA